CUGAAGGUUCAUGGAGUUAUCUUCGAAAUAUACUUGCCGCAGCUUACUUACAUGGAGUCUAUUGGACAACCUCAAAUAUAACUGAAAUGAUUAGCUUAAACACUAUUCGAUCAACCCUCCCAGAUCCCAAUUUAGAGCAAGAGCUUUAUCAAAAAGUCUGCGCCUUUCAAAUACACAUUUGUAGUUCUAAAUGUGAAGGCCCAGCUCCUUCAGGAUCUAUGUGCAAAAAAGGUUUCCCUUGCCUAUUUUCUGAAUCUACUCAUUACGAUCCUGAUAACUAUAGAUAUAUAU